GAACAUUCAGGAGCCCUCUCAAAGGAAGAAGAAGACCCGCGGCCACACCGGCACCACCACUACGGCGCCGCAUAUACCACCGCCUCGGCGACUCGCAUUCGCCAAAAGGAAAGAGCUGCCCUGUCUUCGCCUCGGCUGCCCGAAGCGAAAUUUCAAGGAGCACCCACGACUCCGCCUCGGCCCUCCCCACCGCCGGUGCAGGCUGCGAUCUGAUCGUGUGACCCAGCGGUAGCCGGGAGCUGCAAGCGCGCGUCAAAGAUGAGCGUGGUUGGGUUUGAUUUAGGCAACGAGAGCUGCAUUGUGGGGGUGGCACGGCAACGUGGCAUCGACGUGGUUCUCAAUGAGGAAUCCAAACGGGAGACCCCUGCCAUCGUCUGCUUUGGCGACAAGCAGCGCUUCAUCGGCACUGCAGGCGCUGCCAACUCCACCAUGAACCCCAACAACUCCAUCUCACAGAUCAAGCGCUUGCUGGGCCGCAAGUUCGCUGAUCCCGAGCUGCAGCGCGAUCUGCAAUCGUUCCCAUUUCUUGUCUCUGAGGGGCCUGAUGGGUUCCCACUCGUCCAGGCCCGAUAUCUGGGGGAGGAGCAUGCUUUCACCCCCACGCAGCUGCUUGCCAUGGUGCUGUCUAAUCUGAAGGCCAUUGCUGAGGAUAACCUCAAGUCAGCUGUUGUUGAUUGCUGCAUUGGUAUCCCGGUGUAUUUCACUGACCUGCAGCGUAGGUCGGUUCUCGAUGCUGCCACUAUUGCUGGUCUCCGCCCGUUGCGCCUGUUCCAUGAGACCACUGCUACUGCAUUGGCAUAUGGCAUCUAUAAGACCGAUCUCCCUGAGAAUGAUCAGCUGAACGUCGCAUUUGUUGAUGUCGGGCAUGCCAGCAUGCAGGUAAGCAUUGUCGGGUACAAGAAGGGGCGACUGAAGAUGCUGUCCCACGCAUAUGACCGGUCUCUUGGCGGAAGAGACUUUGAUGAAGCCCUGUUUAAGCACUUCGCGGCAAAAUUUAAAGAGGAGUAUAAGGUUGAUGUCUACCAGAAUGCCCGUGCCUGCAUUAGGUUGCGUGUGGCCUGUGAGAAGCUCAAGAAGAUGCUGAGCGCCAAUCCGGAGGCACCGAUGAAUAUCGAGUGCUUGAUGGAUGAGAAGGAUGUGCGAGGCUUCAUCAAGAGGGAUGAAUUUGAACAGAUCAGCGCCCCAGUACUAGAACGUGUGAAAGGGCCAUUGGAGAAGGCCUUGGCCGAAGCUGGCUUGACAACAGAAAGUGUGCACUUUGUUGAGGUUGUUGGAUCAGGUUCUCGUGUCCCUGCUAUAAUCAGGAUUAUCACUGAAUUCUUUGGAAAGGAACCUCGGAGAACUAUGAAUGCAAGUGAAUGUGUUGCCCGAGGAUGCGCUCUUCAGUGUGCUAUACUUAGUCCUACGUUCAAAGUGCGGGAGUUCCAGGUUAACGAAGGUUUUCCUUUUUCAAUCGCUUUAUCAUGGAAACCAGAUUCCCAGAACAAUGAGCCCCAACAAACAGUGGUAUUUCCAAAGGGGAACCCGAUCCCGAGCGUCAAAGCUCUGACCUUCUAUAGGUCCAAUACAUUUGCAGUGGAUGUUCUGAAUGUUAAAACAGAAGAUUCGCAAGAAACACAAAAAAUUAGCACUUACACGAUCGGCCCUUUCCAAUCCAGCAAAGGUGAGAAGGCAAAACUGAAAGUGAAAGUUCGUCUCAACAUUCAUGCAAUAGUCUCUCUUGAAUCAGCGACGAUGCUGGAGGAGGAGGAAGUGGAAGUUCCAGUUUCAGCUACAAGUGAGGUGCCAAAGGAUGCAAACAAAAUGGAGACGGAUGUCACUGAUGUCAAUAUGCAGGAACCUAAAGGUACUACCGACACUGCUGAGGGUGUUACUGAAAAUGGGGCACAAGAUUCUGAGGAAAAACCUGCUUCUAUGGAUACUGAUGCCAAGACCGAGCUAGCAAAAAAGAAAGUCAAGAAAACCAAUGUCCCAGUUGUGGAAUUGGUGUAUGGUGCAAUGGGGGCUGCUGAGUUGGAGAAAGCUGUUGAGAAAGAGUAUGAAAUGGCUCUUCAAGAUAGAGUUAUGGAAGAAACUAAAGAGAAGAAGAAUGCCGUGGAGGCUUAUGUUUACGACAUGCGUAACAAGCUUUAUGAGAAGUACUCUGAUUAUGUUACAUCGGAGGACAAAGAAGCUUUGAUGGCUAAGCUUCAGGAGGUUGAGGAUUGGCUGUACGAAGAUGGCGAGGAUGAAACCAAGGGAGUCUAUGUUGCAAAACUGGAAGAACUUAAAAAGGUUGGUGGCCCUAUCGAGGCGCGCUACAGAGAGUGGGAAGAAAGAGGUCCUGCUAUUGAACAACUAUCGUACUGCAUCCACAGUUUCAGGGAGGCUGCAUUGUCUAGUGACACAAAGUUUGAUCAUAUCGACAUAUUGGAGAAACAAAAGGUUGUUAAUGAGUGCUCGGGAUCCGAGACUUGGCUGCUUGAGAAAAAACAGCAGCAGGAUGCUUUACCAAAGCAUGCUGACCCUGCUCUCCUUGUUUCUGAUCUCAAGAAGAAGGCGGAAGCACUUGACAGAUUUUGCAAAACGAUCAUGACAAAGCCAAAGCCAGCACCGAAGCCACAGACCCCACCCCCGGCCGAAACUUCAUCACCAGAGGCCCAAACACCGGAGCAGCAGCCAGAUGGUGCCACUGAAGCUAGUGAGCCGGCCAGUGAGGGAGGUGCCUGGGAGCAGCCUGCAGCCGAGCAGAUGGACACCGAUGAACCUGAUCCUUCCUUGGCAUAGGCCUAUUGUUGAUCAAAGCAGUUUUAUCUCCGCUAUUGAUUGUUUUUCGCGGUGUCGGUGGUGCGGAAGCUUUUGGGUCUUGUGGCACGCUAGGUUGUGAGGUUAUGUAUGAUGUGUUGGAACUUUGAUAAGAGUUCGGUAGUGUAUCUAGGUGCCUGUCCCUGGACCUGGCUAUCUUGUUGGUGGGUGAUGCGGAUGCAGGGUUACCGUCUUCAGAUUUUGGUGCCUGAUGUCAGCGAUAUCUUUGCUGUAGUUUCUAUAGCCAUCAAUGGUUUGAGGACAGGCUGCAAGCACCAUUUCUAUGGCACACACCGAUUAUCUUUGUUGUA